UCUAUCUCUCUCUCACAUGCUCAAAUCUCUUCUUUCCACCUUCGUACGAUUACAUAUAUUAGUUAAGAAUUGAGAUCUUCAAUGGUGGUAUGAUAAUCUGCUGAUAAUAUAAUAACGACGAUGGUAAUAUCAUUAUCAGUACACAAUCUUCUAAACCAAAGAAAAUAUCCGUUCAUUUUUGCUUUUUUCCUUUUACUCAUAUUCGUCACUUUACUCCUCAUCUCCAACUCCCACUCACCCAUUUCGACGACAGCUGAUCUCGGGCAACCCGACCCGUAUUCUUCCAAACCGUUUCCCAGCCCUCCACUAGAAAAUACCGCUCCGUCGGAUAAUGAUAGGAAUAUUAUCAAUACUACUACCGACACUAGUACGGACACCGCCGGAAGCAUUGGUAGUGUUGAUGAUGAGUCUGUGGCAGUGGAGUGGAAGGUGUGCGAGGGAUCAGUGGCAGUGGAUUACAUACCCUGUUUAGACAAUACGAAAGCGAUAAUGGCUUUGCAGUCUCGGAGGCAUAUGGAGCACCUGGAGAGACAUUGCCCCGACCCGAGUCCGAGGUGUUUGGUCCCUUUACCCCAAGGGUACAAAAUUCCAGUUCCAUGGCCCAAGAGUAGGGAUAUGGUAUGGUAUGAUAAUGUUCCUCAUCCUAAGCUUGUUGAAUACAAGAAAGACCAGCAUUGGGUGGUGAAAUCGGGGGAUUAUUUUAUCUUCCCCGGUGGUGGCACACAAUUCAAGAAUGGAGUCGGUCAUUAUAUUGAUUCUAUUGAAAAGGCUUUACCAAUUAUUGAGUGGGGGAAGAAAACAAGGGUUAUUUUAGACGUUGGCUGUGGUGUUGCUAGCUUUGGUGGUUCUUUAAUCGACAGAGAUGUUAUUACCAUGUCUUUUGCUCCAAAGGAUGAACACGAGGCUCAAAUACAGUUUGCCCUUGAGCGGGGAAUUCCUGCCACACUAUCGGUAAUUGGAACCCAACGGCUGAUAUUUCCAGAUAAUGCUUAUGAUUUGAUUCACUGUGCACGGUGCAGGGUUCACUGGGAUGCUGAUGGUGGAAAACCACUAAUGGAACUCAACAGGGUGCUUAGGCCUGGAGGAUAUUUCAUAUGGUCGGCCACCCCAGUGUAUAGGAAGGAUGAAAGAGAUAAGAAUGUCUGGAAAUCUAUGGUAGCUUUGACAGAAGCAGUUUGCUGGAAGGUAGUGGUGAAGACCUUUUUCGUCACUUCUCAUAUUGGGGUAGUUAUCUAUCAAAAACCAGUGUCCUCUUCCUGCUACGAGAAUCGCAAAGAAAAUAAUCCACCUCUUUGUGAUCAUGCCAGUCGGCCAAACAGUUCAUGGUACGCUCCUCUGGACGGUUGCCUUCCACGACUUCCAAACUAUGCACAGGAGUGGCGUUCAUCCUGGCCCGAUAGGCUUAAAAGUAAACCUCCAACCCUGAUCCCAGAACCAGAUGCAGUGAAAAUAUUUAACGCUGACACCAGACACUGGUCUGCACUUGUUUCUGAUGUUUAUCUUGGAGGUCUCGAUAUAAAUUGGUCGAGCGUGAGAAACGUGAUGGAUAUGAAAGCAGGUUAUGGAGGGUUUGCUGCUGCACUCGUAAAUCUACCCCUGUGGGUGAUGAAUGUUGUCCCUAUUCAUGAAACCGAUACUUUAUCUGUCAUCUUCGAUAGAGGGCUGAUUGGAGUUUACCAUGACUGGUGCGAAUCUCUCAACACCUAUCCACGGACAUAUGAUCUGCUGCAUUCCAGUUUCCUAUUCAGAAAUUUGACCCAAAGGUGUGAUAUGAUCGAUGUUGCAGUGGAGAUGGAUAGGAUCCUAAGACCGGGAGGGUAUUUGUUGGUUCAAGACAGCAUGAAAAUAAUUAACAAGCUCGUCUUGAUUCUGAAAUCCCUUCAUUGGUCAGUAAAUUUACAUCAAGAACAGUUUCUUGUGGGGAAGAAAGACUUUUGGCGCCCUGAGGGAAAAGCCAGAAUAUGAACAUUCCCAAGUUUGAAGUGUACAAUCUUAUUUUCUAUUAAGCAUAGAGGAAAUACAUUCUUUCCACAGUAUUUUCAGA